AUGGCAGAAGCAGCAGCGGACUCCAAUGAGGAUGUGUCUGAGGAGACCGAGGACCAGGACUUUCUUGAACAAGUGGAUGGGGAGACUUUCCAACAAGUCACGAACCUCCUGACCAUCAUGGAGAGCGAGUCUGCCAAGACGGACGCCGAGUGGGUGGGCCCGGACAUGCGGAAGGCGCUGGCCUCGGUGAUCAUCACAGAGAAGGCCAACAGCAAACCCUCUGUGGUGAUGAACGCUCUCAUCCGCUGUCUGCAGGUGCCCGAGACUUCCACCCAGCGCAAGGUCAACGUCUACAACAUCCUGCAGGAGAUCAUCCAGCAGGAAGGGGAGCUGGAGGAGCAGUGUGUCCAGAGGCUGGUCGGCAUUGCCUCCAAGGAGAUGAGGGAGGCCCCGGAGGUGGAAGGUUACGUGAGGGCCGAGGUGGCCAGCGACACCCUGGUGGCUCUGUCCAGAAACCACUUCAGCUUGGUCAUGUACGAGCUGCAGCACCACCUCAAGCCCCUCAACCUCUCUGAUGAGUUUGUCAUCGUCACCUUGGCCAAGCUGGCCAACGGCAACGUGUUCGAGUUCAUGCCAUACAUGGGCAUCACCCUGGCUACCAUCUUCACCAUGCUGAGGCUGGCCAACGAGGCCAAGAUGCGCCAGGUGAUCUGUGGGGCCAUGGAGACCUUCUGCGAGACCGUUCAGUUCUACCUGAAGCACCUGGAGGACAGUGUGUACCCUGUGAUGACCGAGGAGCAGUUUGCCCUGAAGCUCUUCCCCAUGUACCGCUACUUUGUGACCAUGUGGCUGAGGAAUGACAACGCCGAGGUCAAGCUGGGGGUCAUCAAGUCCCUGAAGCCCAUGCUGAACCUCCUGCUGCCCAGUGAUGACCUCCGGGAGCAGGUCUACGACUACAUUCCGCUGCUGCUGGCUGAGUAUCAGGGCAGCCUGGAGGCUCUCUUCAUCACCCAGGUGCUCAGGCAGAUUCUGGAGGCGGCCGUCAUCACCAGCACCCCAGUGCCCCAAAUGCAGCUGCACACCCUCUUCACGGAGCUGCACGUGCAGGUGUGCACCAAGGCCCCAGCCCAGCAGCAGUACAGCAGCCAGAACCUGACGGAGGUCGUGUACUGCUUCAUAGCGCUGGCCCGCUCCUACCCCAAGGAGCUGAUGAAGUUCUUCCUCAGCCAAAUGGAGACGAGCAAGGAGGCCACCCGCGUGGGCACCCUGAGCCUCCUCAGAGCGGUCGUGAGCGCAGACGAGCCCAAGAUGAGCCUGAGGACCAUCCACCUGGCCAUCAGGGUGGUCAAGAACACCCUCUCUGACACCAGGUCCAAGGUGAGGAUGGCCAUUCUCCGCAUCAUCGGCCAGUUGGCGCUGUCUGGCUACCAGGACAGGAUCAAAGGCUGGGGGCUGAAGUACGUGUCGGUACAGUUGACCUUGUCCACCUACAAGCUGACAAAUCGCCGGGAGAGUUUUUAUCAGAGGGACCUGGAGGAGAAGAUGGUCCACAAAGUCACCAUGGACACUGUGAGGAUCAUCACCUCCUCGGUCAGCGGGAUGACCAAUGAGUUUUGGGUCAGGCUCCUCUGCUACAUCAUGGAGACAGACUACACAGAGGCCCUGACCCCCAUCUGCAUCAGCCUGACCAACCUGGCCGAACGUCAGCUCCACACGGACGUGGGGACCAACUCGGCCAGCCACAGCAGGCACGUGGAUCUGCCUGCGCCCCAGAAACUUCUGGCCCGGCUCCUGGUGCUGAUGUCAUCCCCCUACAAGGGCGAGGGGCGAGGGAUCGCCAUGCUCAACCUCCUGCGGACCCUGAGCCAGAGCAUUGCCCCCUCCAUGGCUGACAUGUGGGAGCUGGAAAUCCCACUGCUGGUCCAGUACCUGGAAGAACACACGGAGUUCACUUGGAAUCAGAAGACCUGGGAAGACAAGCUGAUUCAGUUUCUGAGAAACUCCCUCAAGAAGACGCGGGGGUCCGUCUGGAGCCUGCGCUUGAGCAAGGAGCUGAACAACCAGAUUGAGAGCUUUGACAGUCCCUCCCUGGAGAAGGCCUUUCUGUACCGCGCUCUGGGCUUCACGCUGGCCAUGGGCCUGGAGGCCGACAGGGUGGGGGUGCUGCUGCUGGAGCUGCUCUACAAGACGGACUACAGCAACGACUUUGACCGCGAGGGCAUCACCCUCUGCUUCGGCCUGUGUGCCCGGGGCCAGGUGAAGACGGUGCUGAACGUGCUCCAGGAUUUUGAGGAGAGGAUCCAGGAGUCGGAGCAGAGCUGGCAGAUCGGCGCUUGGCGGAAAGACCAUCCCUGGAGGCGGGAAACAGUGAAAAGUGCCCUCAUGGUCAUGUACAGCUGUGUGGCCACCUACUGCCACCCUCAGGUGCUCCUCAGCCACAUGGACAGCCCCAUCACUGCCAAGAUCAUCCACCACUACUCCAGCAGCUGCCGGGAUGUGUCCCUCAAACUGGCCUUCAUGAAGAGCAUUGUGCAGGUGGCCAGCGCGGUCAAGUGCAUCGAAUACCUGGACGAUGUCCAAUUUGCCCAGAAGGGCACGGUGACCAGCAUUCUGAUGGCAAUCACCAAGGCUGAGCCCACCGACAGCCUGGUCUCUCCCGUCCGGGCCAUGGCAAUGGAUGCCCUGGUGCACCUGAGCAAGCUGAAGCCUUUCUACUCGGGGGAGGAGAACAGCGAGCUGAUGGACACCGGCAUCCACUCCGUCAUUUCUCUUCAGCCCCCAGGGGAGGACAAUGAGUCCAUUAAGAUCUUGUACAGCAAUGCCAUGGGCGCCCUGGAGCGGCUGAUGGAGGGCCUCAUGCAGCGGCAGCUGGACCCCAAGGGGCUGCAGGAGAUGGUGCACCUCCUGGAGAAAUGGAUCUUGUCGGAGAAAGAAUGGGAGCGGGAAAAGGCCAUGAACCUCCACCUUCACCUCAUGAAGAUUUAUGUCCAGAGCGUGGGCGUCUGUAUCCCCCUGAAGCUGGGCCAGUUUGGCACCCUGGUGGGACUCAUUGCCCCGUGUACCUGCGACCCCCACCGAAGAACCCGAGUGGCCUCCACUGACAUCCUGUCAUGCUUGCUGGACCUCCACGCCAGCCAGACCUGCUCCUUGUGGGGAGCAUCCAAGGAGAAGGAGCUGCUGAAAAGCAAGGAGGACCUCAGGGACUUGGACGAGGAGCAGGUCAUGUGUGUGUCUUCCAGAAUCGCCAAGGCGGUAUGCCCGGAGUUCACCUGCGACGAGGUGGUGUCCCUGGUCCAGAAGCUCUGUGAGAACAUCGGGGCCAUGGGCCUCCAGCACGACAGGGCCUCCGUCACCUGGAUCAGCAUCUUCCUGCAGACGCGAGUCAGGGAGCUGGAGGACAAGGUGGCAGAGAUCCUGGGCGCCAUCUUGGCCCACCUGCCAGUGGUGGACCACCUGGAGGUACGGCGCCUCCUCAUCGAGGGCAUCCUGCUGCUGGCCCACUACCACCAGGAGACCGUCCUCACCUCGCUCCUGAGGCAGCCCCUGCCCAUGGAGAGCCACCUGACGGAGGUGUGGCUGGCUGUGGCAGAGAACGCUUUCGCUCGCACCAUGCUCCACGGCCUGAUGGGUCGGCUGCAGUCUCGGUUCAGCCCCCAGGCGAAGGUCACAUCUAAGGCAGACAUCUGGCGGCUGGCUGCAGUGGACCCUCUGAUGACGCUGUGCACCAUCCACCUGCUGCUGGAGAAAGUGGAACAGGACGACAAGCUGCCGGACCUCCUGCCAGACCUGGUCUACACCCUGCUCCUGCAGCUGAGCAUCAGCCAUGGGCCAGAGGCUGCCUCCCCCAUCCUGAAGACGUGGCGGCUGGUACACUCCGGAGCCCUGCCGGAGGAGAUCAACCCCCAGAGGGUCACUGUCAAGGCCAUGCAGCAGCUACUGCAGAGGUUCAACAGCGAGCCCCUGCAGCAGGGCCUGGAGGAGCAGGGCGUCUGGGCCCUCCUGGAGAACGGGGCCACCUUCCUGGAGGGCGUGGGCCUGCUGGCCAGGCUGUGCCUGAAGCACCUGGAAGGCCACCUGCCGAGGCUGUCAGAGCUGGUGCUCAGAGGCCUGGACACGGACGUCCUGAGCUGCCGCGUCAGCUGCACGGCCGUGUGUGUGGAAGUGAAGCAGUACCGGAAACUCCUGCUGGAGACGUUCCUGGGCUCCCUGCAGGAGCCGGCCAGCACCAGCGUGGUCGCCGAGGGUUUGGCGGCCCUGAUCAAGGUCCUGGAGGAGCUCCGGGAAGGGGACGUGGGGCACUCUUUCCACACCAUCUCAGAGCAGUGCAGGGCCUUCUUCGACAAUGAGAGUGAGCUGCUGCGGCUCAAAGCCUUUGUGCUCUUCGGGAAGCUGGCCACGGUGGUCCGGAUCUCCAAGAAGCAUCUCUUCAAGGUGGAGCUGAAGAAAGCCUGGGUCCCCCUCAUGCUGCACUGCCAGGACCCCAGCCCAUGUGCAGCCAGAGCCUGCUCAGAGACCAUGUUCCAGUGCCUCCACUUCUGGGGCUGCAAGGGGCUGGAGAGACCCCUGGGGCAGAGCACCCCCAGCCCGGACGAGAUGAUGGGGUUCCAGACGGCCAUGUGCUCCAUCCUGACUCAGAAGAAACCUACUGUGCUCUACAGCUUCCUGUUAGACACAGUCUCCUAUUUGAAAAGCAACUCAUCCAGGGUCAGAACGGCUGCAUGCAACCUGGCAGGGAUCCUGCUGAAUUGGAUGGCCACCAGCUCCCUGAAGAAGCUAGACUUCCCGGCGUUGCGGAAUGCGUUCCAGGAGCUCCAGCUGGAUUCGGACCCCGGCGUGCGGCACGCCGCCCUGGAGACCUUGAAGGUGCUGGACAACUGCAGUCAGCACGGGCUUCUAGCUUCCCCCGGAAGCACUUCCUAG